AUGAACUCAAGCCUGUCCAGAUCGCCCGAGUCCGCUGCUCUGUGUUAUGAUUCACUGGAAAACUCAUGCCCUCGGACUGUGUACCCACUCACCUUGUGCCUUUCUCUCUACUUCCUCUUCACCACCAUCUUCAUCCUCACUGUGAGUGGAAAUAUGUUAGUCAUCUUUGUCAUCUGGUAUUCCCAGAAUCCCCUUCCAGCAGCCACCAAUCAUCUGAUUCUGUCUCUGUCUGUGGCUGGGGUUCUGAUCGGAGGAUUUGUGAUGCCGUACAGCAUGGUGCGCUCAAUUGCAACUUGCUGGUACUUUGGGCCGAUUUUUUGUGAAAUUCACACCGCCAUUGAUAUUGUCCUGUGUAACACCACCAUGUGGCACCUUACCUUCAUCUCUGUUGAUCGUUACUUGGCCAUAUUUUAUCCUCUGCACUACCAAAACUUGAUGACCAACAAAACUGGUGCAACCAUGAUUAGUUCCAGUUGGGGUCUGGCAUUAGCGUUUGGCUUUGUCAUUGUCAUUUCAGAUCCACAAGCCAAGAUCAGGAGCAGUUUUUACAAAGACUGCAUGGGAGGAUGUUUUUCUUUCCAUAAUAGAAAAAUCGGGGUCAAAUAUUCCAUCAUUUUUUAUGUUAUCCCUGUAUGUAUCAUAAUCACUGUCUAUAGCAGGAUAUUUCUUGUUGCAAAAAGACAUGCCAAAGUAAUUCAUAGCUGCAAUAAAUGCCCCAAACCUUCUACACUGUUGAGAGUGAAAGAUCUCAAAGCUACAAAAACGUUUGCUAUAGUUAUCGGAACCUUCCUUUGUUGCUGGACACCAUAUUUUAUGUGCAAUAUUAUUGACCCACUAAUAGGCCAUUCAAUCGACAACCUUUUGUAUGAAUCUCUUAUGUGGCUUGCAUACUUAAAUGCAAUGUUUAAUCCUUUAAUAUAUGUGUUUUUGUAUAGUUGGUUCAGACAAACAGCAAAGGCUCUGCUGAGCAAACUGUUCAUGUAG